AUGCUGGGGGUUUUCCAACAGCUGGCUGGGCGGGCUGGCGAGCAGGAGGCCAUUGCCGAGAGCAGACGUGUCCAUGUCGUUGUCGUCUGCUUUUGGAUCGCUUCUCCACAGCAGCGCCAGACUUCUCCCGUUGUCUCCACACUUUCGCAAGGCAAAAUGGGGAAACAGAAUAGCAAGCUGACCCCUGAAGUGAUGGAGGACCUGGUGAAGAACACAGAGUUUAAUGAGCAUGAGCUGAAGCAGUGGUACAAGGGCUUCCUGAAGGACUGCCCCACCGGACGCCUCAAUUUGGACGAGUUCCAGCAGCUCUACGUGAAGAGAGAGGGGGGUGGGGUCAUGUGGACAGAGGAUGCAGAGCUGCUCACAGAGCUUUAG